AUGGUUUCAACGCGUCCCUCCCCUACCCCUGCGCGGGGCCGAAUACCCUAUCCUACCGCCGCCACCUAUACUCCUGGUGACAGCAACACUUCGCCAGCCUAUCUCGGCGCCUCCGAACCUAUACAGAAGACCACAUCGAGAGAUUCGGAGCGGGAAAGGAGAGUGCAGGGCUUGAAGAACUGGUGGAAAGGUUUCAGAGAAAGUGAACAAAGCGGAGGACCGUCAAAUGCCCCACGUCGUGGUGUCUUUGGCGAACCCCUGGCGGAGUCUAUAGAAUACGCCUCUGUUCAGGUAUCUACAAACGGCCCGGAUGGCUCGCUCGUGAUUCCUGUGGUCGUCGCGAAAUGUGGUCUGUACCUCAAGGAGAAUGCGACUGGCGUCGAGGGGACCUUUCGAAUAUCCGGCUCCGCCAAGAGGAUGAGAGAGCUGCAGACACUAUUCGAUACCCCGCCAAAGGUCUCACCGAGUGAUGAUCACGCUGACAAUCAGGAACCUAUAAUCCCGUUCGAUUUUUACGAUGACUUCCGAAAUGUCCUAUCCUCUCACCUAUCCGAAACUCUGUCCGCAGACGAUGCGAUCGCUCAAUACAAGAGCCUCAUCCAGGCACUUCCCAGGAUCCAUCUAUACCUGUUGCUCUACGUUUUGGACCUUCUGAGCGUGUUUGCUCGACGGGCGGAUAAGAACCUGAUGACCGCCCCAAGUGAGUUUACCGUAUCCGAACCCCGCUGA